AUGGGAGAUCUCUGGCUGACACGAUGGCAGAGGUUUGACAGAGGCUUCGAGGACUCAGAUGUGGGGAACGUCUCUACCUCAGUGCCAACGCCACUCUCUGCUCCGCAAGUUUAUGCGUUUGGCCAGAGUGAGAAGAAUAAGUUUCAGUUGUCUGACAAUCUGAUGGAACCUGAAGGGCCUGACUUGCAUCCUGGUGAGAGUCAAGGUCACACCACCUCUCUUCCUGUCACCAGCGCUUCCUCAGCAUCCACAGGUCACACCACCCCUCUUCCUGUCACCAGCACUUCCUCAGCAUCCACAGGUCACACCACCCCUCUUCCUGUCAGUGACACUUCCUCAGCAUCCACAGGUCACACCACCCCUCUUCCUGUCACUGACACGUCCUCAGCAUCCACAGGUCACACCACCUCUCCUCCUGUCACCAGCACUUCCUCAACAUCCACAGGUCACACCACCCCUCUUCCUGUCACUGACACGUCCUCAGCAUCCACAGGUCACACCACCCCUCUUCCUGUCACUGACACGUCCUCAGCAUCCACAGGUCACAUCACCUCUCUUCCUGUCACUGACGCUUCCUCAGCAUCCACAGGUCACAUCACCUCUCUUCCUGUCACUGAUGCUUCCUCAGCAUCCACAGGUCACACCACCCCUCUUCCUGUCACUGACACGUCCUCAGCAUCC